AUGGUUAUCAAAUCGCGCUUCACGAUACCUGUCCCGCAGGUCUCGAUACCAACAUAUGUUUUGGAAUCGCCUACGGUAGACCUGCCCAAGACACCCCUCAUCAUGUCCGCCAGCAACCCAGACAAGCACUUUCUUUCCAUGCACGAAUAUCGGCUACUUUCGCAACGGCUUGCUUCUGGAAUACGCCGCGCCGGGCUGCAGCCUGGAGAUCGCGUCCUGCUGUUCUCGUCGAACAGCGUCUUCUUCCCAGUUGUUUUCAUGGGCACAAUCAUGGCGGAAGGCAUAUUCACAGGAGCCAAUCCCAGCUACGUGCUAAAGGACAGUGAACCACGGUUUCUGAUUUGCGCAGAAGGCAGCUUGGACAUUGGCGUUGCAGCAGCAAAGGAAGCUGGACUGAGGGCAGACCAAGUCUUCGUUUUUGACGACGGAGUCGCCACCUUUGAGGGCCGCAAGGUAGAAAAGGACACCGAGUUGGGCCAUCUCCGCCACUGGACUGAUCUCCUCGACACGCCAGAAAACGGCGCGGCAUACGUUUGGCCAGAUCUUCAGACUCCCGAAGAACUGGAUCGCGUGGUAGCGCUCAACUACUCGUCUGGCACCACGGGCUUUGCAAAGGGCGUAAUGAUUACACAUAGAAAUUAUGUCUCAAACGCCUGUCAGAGUCUCUGCUUUUCAAAGAACCUCGAUGGUUCGCUGAAGCGCAGGUUGCAAAUUGCCUUGCUCCCCAUGUACCACGCCGCGGCACAAUCAACUUACUGCAUAAGCUCGGUGAAGAGUCGCUCUUCCAUCUACAUAAUGCCCAAGUUUGACUUCCUGAAGAUGCUGGAAUACGUACAAAAAUAUCGCAUCAGGGACCUGAAUCUCGCGCCACCGAUUGUGGUAGCCAUGGCAAAGCACCCGGCAACCAAGAAGUAUGAUCUAAGCUCCGUGGAAAACGUAACUUGCGGUGCUGCUCCCCUUGGCAGAGAGAUCAUGGCAGAAUUCGAACGCCUCUGGCCAAGUGGAAAUGUCAGGCUUACGAAUGCCUGGGGCAUGACGGAAAUCACGUGCACUGGUACCCUGUGGGAUCCCGCAAUCGCCUAUCAUAAUGCUUCGGUAGGAGAACUCGUGCCAAACUGCGAGGCAAAGAUUGUCUUGGACGACAAAGGCAAGGUUGAAUCGCCUCAAGGCGAAAGGGGGGAAAUUUGGCUCCGCGGCCCGAAUGUCAUGAAGGGGUACUGGAAGAAGCCCGACGCGACAAAGGAGACGAAGACGGAAGACGGGUGGUUGAAGACGGGAGACAUAGCAUAUGCAGACGCCAAUAACCACAUUUACAUUGUGGACAGAAAGAAGGAGCUGAUCAAGGUCAAGGGACUGCAAGUUGCGCCAGCAGAGCUGGAAGCCCUAUUGCUGGAGCACCCCGACAUACAGGAUGCUGCUGUCAUUGGAGUCACCGUCGAUGGUGGCGAGGUGCCGCGUGCCUACAUCUCGCUGCAAGCUAGCGGCAAGGCCACACCAGAGACUGCGGAGAUUAUCAAAACAUGGCUUGCUGAGCGUGUGGUAAAAUACAAGCGGCUAGAAGGUGGCGUGCGAUUUGUCGAUGCGAUACCCAAGAAUCCUUCGGGAAAGAUUCUGAGAAAGGAGCUGAGAGAAAAGGCUGCCCAGGAAGAUACCAAGGCGAGGCUGUAA